CGGCGCGGUGCGCACGGAGCCCGGCCGCCUUCCCGGAACCGUGCGCUCUGCCCUGAGGUUUGCUCACCGCCCAGGACCCGGCGCUGCGGGCGGGGAUGUGCCGGGCGAGGGCAAGUGGGCGGGGCAGCCUCUGCGCCCGGGCCGCCUCCUGGGGUAUAAACCUGAGCACGCGGGCGCCUACACUGCAAGGCGCCUCCUACUGGACCAGUGAAUCCGCGUUGCUCUCUGCUUGGUCUCACCUGCCUCCACUCAUGGACCCCAACUGCUCCUGCCCCACAGGCUGCUGCUCCUGCUGCCCCACGGGCUGUGCCAAGUGUGCCCAGGCCUGCAUCUGCAAAGGAGCCUCGGACAAGUGCAGCUGCUGUGCCUGAUGUCGGGGAGACCCUGUCCCAGAAAUCAAUAGAGCAACAUAGACAAACCUCAUUUUAAUAUUUUUCAUACAAGCUGACCUCAUGCUACAUCCCUUUUUCUAUGAAAUAUGUGAGUUGUAAUAAAUGUUGUCGAUUUCACUCUG